AUGGGCGGUGCCAUCUGGGCCGACGGGAGCCGCCGUGGGUAUCACAACGCCGAUGCGCCCGCUGCCGAGCAGCCAUGUGGGCCGCGGGAGCCCGCCGCUGCUGGAGGCGGUGUCUGGAGCCCUUCUACGAGACUCUGGUGGGUGCGCGUUGGGCGGGCCGGGCGCUGGGCCGCACGGGUCUGCUGGGGGCCCGGGGAAGGGAGGGGGCCGGGUCGUGUUCGGCUUCGGAGCGGGGCGGAGCGGCGGCGCGGCGGGGCUGGACGCGGUGCAUUGUGCGCGCCUUCGUCAGGCGAGGAGCCCGGCGCGCCUCAGCGCUGCGCAGACGGUCGAGAAGGGAGCGCAGGGGCGGGCGGCAGAUGGAGGAUAUGGAGAGCAGGAGGAGACGCCGGGGUCUGCAGCGGCGGCGGUGGGCGGCUGCGGGGUCCGCGAUUCUUCGGGGAGCGCGGGCCGAUGAGCGCCGCGCCGGGCGCUGCCCCGCCGCCCCGGCGCGCGCGGCGGUGGAGGGUUCGUUUGUGUUCAGGAGGUGAGAGGAAGGAGCGGCACAGCCCCGCGGCAGCGCCGGCCGGAGGAGCCCAGACCCAAAUAGCGAACGAAGAGACAAAUGUGAACAAACAAGAAUUUAACUUUGAAAAAGCUCGUCUGGAAGUGCACAAGUUUGGAAUCACUGGCUACAAGAAGCAUGAACAACGCAUAUGGGAACAGGAGCGUGCUAUCAUGCUGGGAGCCAAGCCCCCCAAAAAGGAACAUGUGAACUACAGGACUUACCAAGAGAAAAUGAAAGAGAAAAAAGCAGUGAAAGAUGCUGAUAAGGAAAAGGAACAUAAGGGUGAUUCUCUUAAGAAGAAGAAGAAAGAACAGAAGGAGAGGAAGGCCAAAAGGAAGAAAUCAGUGCCUAGCAUUUGGCAUGCAGGACAAGUUGGAAAAUUCAGAGAUGGGACCUUGAUUCUGCAAAGCCAUGACAUAAAGAAAAUCAAAUCAUCCAAAGUUAGGAAAUGAACUUAAUGAUAGAGUGAAAUGGACAAUAUGCAUAAGAUAGAAUUCAUGUUGCUACCAACACAGACUUACAGAGCCUCUCGUUUUCCCACCAUGCCCUAAUUUUUUAAAUUUUGUUGUUGCAGCAUUUUCUAUGUUCCAUUCUGCCCUGGGAAGAAUAUGAGAAUUUACCAUUUUAUAAAUAAAAAUGAGAGUUUUUAUUAAGAAGGUCACACAGUCUAUUUUUAUUAGUCAAUACAUGUCAAAACAAACAUUUCACUUUCUAGAAUCAGCUUAUUGGCUGUAAGUAAAAUAUUCAUUUAAUCCAUUAACUAAUGGUGGAACUGCACAAGAGUUUUCUUGUCCAGCAAAACCUCAAGAUUUCAAAAUUACCUGCUUUGGAAUGAAAAUAAUAUUUUUCUGAAGUUUUGUCACAGUAGGAGUUACACACUCAACAUCUGCAGAGAUCUCCAAAUAAACAGUUUCAAAUAG